AUGCCCCCUGCAGAACCACUGCUACUUGACACCGAGCCGGACGAGAUCUGUACACCGCCCGACGCCGCGCCAUCCGCACUUGCCACACGCACCUCGCCGCUGUUGCUCAAGCCUUUUCCGCUGCGCAACGCUACCGACGCACCAAUGCCCGAUGCACUCGCGCCUCCCGACACAUUCACGUCGCCUCCUGUCACGCCAGCACCACCAGCCAAAGUCAAUGAGCCGCCCAAGUCGCCGGAGCUGCUGCCGCCGGACACAUUAAUUGAACCACCGACACCUGCAGCCUCGCCGCCAGACAUGCUCACAGACCCACUAGAUUGCGCAAGCGACGCGCCCGAACCGAUCGAAAUGGCGCCGGACGAACCGAUCUCCACCGAGCCACUCGACAGCGCCACCGCGCCACUGUUCACGGAGCUGACGCCACCAUGA